AUGGAUUUACCCAAAUCUAUGAAACUUUAGAAAAAUAGUAUGAAGAAAACAAUAGCUAAAAUAGUCGAUUAUUAUAUAAUUCAAUUGAUGGAUAUCAAGUUGGAGUGGCUUUUUUAGGUUACAGAAAUAACAACAAGAGAGCACUCGAUUUUUGUAAUCUUUUUAAUAAAAAUCAUAAAAAGAUGUAAUUUACAAGGUAAUUUUUAGCAUAGAUGACUCAUAUAUGGCAAUAUACCUAUUGAAUAUUAAAAAAGAAUAAGAGAAAUUUAAAUGUUAUAUAACUUGAAAAUAAGUGUUAGGAAUGACAAGCUAAUUUAUUGAAGUAUUACAAAAAAAUCUAGAACUUUAUCUAAAGAGAAGAAGUGAAGGGAGAUGAAGCAGAAAAGGAUGUACUCUCUUAGUUCGAAUAAAUAAAAAAAUUUAUUUUUUCUGAUUAUUAAGAUAGUUUACUAUUAAUAUUUUUAUUUUCUGAAGCUCUUUCCCAUGAAAGAAACUAUAAUCUUUCAACUGAUGGCAAUAUUGAUAAAUGCUAAAAAAUUAUUUUGAAAACGUUGUUGAGAAAUAUUAAUAUUUCAAAGAUGAAUAAUUUUUUAUGGGGUAUAAAAAUCAACAAUAAUGAUCUUAAUUUUUAAUGA